AAUAAUGUUUACGUUCCUAAGAUUUCAUGUUUCAGAAUCAAGGAUAAUGAGAAGGAGUUUGAGGUUAGCUUGGAUACAUCUCACUACAGGCCUGAUGAGAUCCAUGUACACGUGGAGAGGGACGGUAUCAGUGUAGAGGGUAGACAUGAGGAGAGAAGCGAGGAUGGUAAGAGACUUCUCACCAGACAGUUCAAGAGAAGGUAUACUAUCCCUGAAGGAACAUGUCCUGAACACGUGACCUCCAAUCUGGCAGCUGAUGGAGUACUGGUGGUGAAGGCUGUCAAGGGGAAUCCAGUUCAUGAGAUUCCAAUCAAGCAGUGCUGCAAGUAAUCCAUGGAUACAAUGGAUAUAUUUUAUAGAUUUUAAUAUUUUAAUAAAUAUUUAGACUGAAAUUAUUUUCAGUAAAAUAAUA